GUGCCGCCAUUGCCGCCCUGUUUGAGUCCUAUGUGGCUGCAGGAAGGCAGGUAGUGGCUUGGCCUGGGUCGCUGUCCCUUCUGCUGACUGUAGGCCCUAUAGGAAGAACACUGCUCGCGUCUGAAUCAGGAAAUGCGUUGCUGGCUGUGAAAAAAACAUGAGAUGAGGUCAAUCAUUUAGUUGUAAAAACAAACAAAAACGUGGGCUUGAACAGAAGGGAUGAGAGGAUUUAUAUCUGUUUCCAUCCCAUUGUUAUGAUUAUUCGAACCAGUGACCUUUGAGGAUGUGGCUGUGAACUUCACCUUAGGAGAGUGGGCUUUGUUGGAUUCUUAUCAAAAGGAGCUCUACAGAGAUGUGAUGAAGGAAACCUUUAGCAACCUGAUCUCCAUAGGGAAAACUGAGGAAGACAGUACUGAAGAUUACCAAAAUAUUAGGAGAAAUCUGAGCACUCUCGUGGUUGAAGGAUUCUAUGAAUUUGAACGUGGUAUUCAGUAUAAAGAAACGCACCAACAGAUUCAAGAGCAUAUUGUUAAUAAGUACAUGCCUCCUGGAAUAGUAGUAUAUGAAAACAGUGCAAGUAAAAAUGAUGUUAUUGGUCUUUCACAGUCAGAAGUGCACCUCGGAGUUCUAACUGUAGAGAAACCAUAUAAGUAUCAGAAAUGGGUAGAAAAUCCUAUUAAGCAUAAGAAACGUUGGAAAGAUUUUGCAUAUUCUGACUCUUUUCUUACCUAUGAGAAUCCUUCCAAAGAGAAACCAUAUGGAAAUAAACAAUCUAAUGACCCCUGCAGGAGUCUCACUUCUGAUCAAGAUUAUGAGACAACACAUACUGAAGAUAACCUCCAUGAAUACAAGCAACUUGAAACAGCUCUCAUGACAUGUAGCUAUGGUCAGUCAUAUGAAAGAAUCCAAACUGGAGAAAAACCAUUUGUGUGUAAGCAGUGUGGAGAAGCCUUUGUUAAUUCCAGUCACCUUAUCAAACAUUAUAAAAUUCAUACCAGAGAGAAGACAUUUGCAUGUAAAUAUUGUGGGAAAGCUUUCAUUCAUCCAAGAGCUUGUUAUAACCAUGAACGAACUCAUACUGGAGACAGACCUUAUGUAUGUAAACAAUGUGGGAAAGCAUGUAUUCAUUCUUACCACCUUCUCCAACAUGAAAGAAGUCACACCCGAGAAAAACUUUAUGCAUGUAAGCAGUGUGGGAAAGUAUUCGGACGUUCUUCGUACCUUCGCAAACAUGAAAGAAUUCACACUGGAGAGAAACCUUAUUUAUGUAAACAUUGUGGAAAAGCCUUCAGUGAUCCCACAACCCGUAACAAUCAUGAGAGAACUCACACUGGAGAGAAGCACUAUGUUUGUAAGCAGUGUGGGAAAGCCUUCAUUCGUUCCUCUCAGCUUCUGAUCCAUGAAAGAAUUCACACUGGAGAGAAACCUUACUCCUGCAAGCACUGUGGGAAAGCCUUCACCUAUUCCAGUGCCUGUUACAUUCAUGAGAGAAUUCACACUGGAGAGAAGCCCUAUGUUUGUAAGCAGUGUGGAAAAGCAUUUACAUGUUCCACAUACCUUCACAAACAUGAAAGAAUUCACACUGGAGAGAAACCUUAUUCAUGUAAGCAAUGUGGGAAAGCCUUCAUCCAACAUAGGGCUUGUUACAAUCAUGAAAGAAUUCACACUGGAGAAAAGCCCUAUGUGUGUGUGCAAUGUGGGCAUGCAUUCACUUUUUCGAAAUCUCUUCAAAUACAUGAAAGAAACCACACUGGAGAGAAACCGUAUGUAUGUAAGCAAUGUGGGAAAGCCUUCACAUGUUCUACAUAUCUUCACCAACAUGAAAGAACUCACAGUGAAAAGAAAUCUAGUGGAUAGAACUUAUACCAAUGUGAAUCAUUUGACAGUCUUUAUAUCCAGCUUGCUGUUAUUGCAAGAUAAGAAGGAAGUAUGGAGAGAAACCAAGAGAAUAUGAGCAACUGUGUAAUUUUUACUUACAUUGCAAGUAUACGUAGGAUAUAAAACCUGUUGUACCAGGCUUGUUGGUGCAUGCCUUUUAUUCCCACACUAGGGUAAUGGAAGGUUAGAGAAUUACAACAACCUUAGGCUACCUGGAGGGUUUGAGCAAUGCUUGGGAGAUUUAAGAAGUAUCAUUUCUAACCAAAUGAAAUUGUCGUUGUACAAAAUAAAAGAAAAUUAUACAUUUUAAAUAAGAGUCAUUACAUUUUUUCAUGUAGUUCAAUAUUAUAUAAGUAAGAAAUGUGAAGAAGUGGGCAAUUUUUUUGUAAACUAUUACUGAAAACCUGAAAUACACUAAAAACUGUAAUAAAUGAUUUUAUUUUUUGUUCCAUUCUUAAGCGUAUACUUAAAAUAACUGAAAAACUUUUUAAGUAUGGUGUGACAAAUAAAAUAGCUUUGGCAUUAUUUCGCCUGCCUGUAUUCUUCAGUGGCUGGAAAACUGGGACAGGACAAGAACUCAAGUCCACAGUUGAAAACCCCAGGACACACGGUAAGGAGCAACAGUAGCUACUACAUAAAGAAACCACUUGAAUUUUGGUGAUAAAAGCCUGUUUGGUAAAUUAAUUGAAUUUCAAUUUAAUGGCUGCUGUUUUUUAAAACAGGUAGUGCAAUUUCUUUGUUAGAAGACUGUAUUAGAUUUGUUAAAUUCAAAUGUAUCUAUAAUCAUCCAGUAUAUUUAAUUUUUAGAUACAUUUUGAGUAAUCAUGUUUCCUGUAAAGUUCCGAAUGUAUACUUGUUGUUAGUAUUUUUCUGGCUGUUAUUUUAUGACAUGUUCUUUUUUCAUAAUAUUAUUUUAAAGUUUCUUUACAUUUAGGUGCAUACUUGAGAGUAACAUUCUUACAUAGAUUUUAUAUAUUUUGUAGUUUUAAUGUGUAUUUUCUUCCAAUAAGUUUUUGACAUUUUAUUAUUUAUUUUGUACAAGUAUGUUUGUAUGUGUGUGUGCCACAACACAGGUAUGGAGAACAUUCAAGAGUUGCUUCCCCACCAGGCUUCCUUAGCAAGCACCUUUACUCAUUGAGCCUUGUCGUCCAUCAGCCCCAAAUAGGAUUUUUGUCCUGUUGGGGUUUCUUUUUUUGGUUUUUGAGACACAGUCUCUCCAGGAACUCACUAUGGAGACCAUACUGGCCUUGAAUUGCAGAGAUCUGCCUGCCCAUCUGCCUCCCAAUUGCUGAAAGUAGAAAAGUGUGUGUGCCACUACACCUGGCUGAUCUUUAUACAUUCUUUUCCUUUUACAUUUUUGAGCUGUUUUCUAGUAAGUAUAUUAAAUAGUGUUAACUUUCCCAUUGACUCAGAAAGGACCUUCAGUUACCCUUUCAUAUUCAGCAUAGUUUAAAAUUGAAUUAUCUUUUUUAUGUUAAAACCCAUUGUCACAUUCAAGAGUUUGAAACUGAUGUGUAACAUGUAAUUUUUACCUUAUGUUUAUGUUGUUCAACUUUUAUUGCAAGUUUUUCAUUGUUCAUUAAGACAAGUAUACAUGCUGAUGUAAAUAGUUUCCUGGGCUGAGUGGUUGCACACGCCUUUAAUCCCAGCACUUGGGAGGCAAAGACAGGUGGAUUUCUGAGUUCCAGGCCAGCCUGGUCUACAGAGUGAGUUCCAAGACAGCAAGGGAUACACAGAAAAACCCUGUCUCGAAAAACCAAAAGAAAAAAAAAAAGUUUUCUGGUCAAAAAUAAGACAGUUUAUUCCAAUAAAAUGUGUGAGUCCUAGUAAUCUUUUCUAGUAAGAUUAAUGUUGGUGUUAUUCUUCAUUAAAUGCAAUUUUUUAAACCUG